AUGUCCACUGAAAGCAACAGCCGGACCCAAGGCCACAAAGAUGAUGAUAAGGCAACUGCCAACAAUCGCAGGAGCACGCAGCCUGAAGCGAUCUAUCCCUCGGGCUUAAGGCUUGCAAUGAUUAUAACAUCCAUGUUGAUUGGCAUGUUCCUCGUGUCUUUGGACCGCAUGAUUAUUUCAACAGCGAUACCUCAGAUUACCAACGAAUUCAACUCAGCGGGCGAUAUUGGCUGGUAUGGAACGGCAUAUUCGCUGACAAACUGUGCGUUCCAGCUGAUGUUUGGCAAGCUGUAUCGUUCUUUCGACAUCAAGGCUGUAUUUAUGUCGUCUAUAAUACUGUUCGAGGCUGGGUCGGCCCUAUGCGGUGCUGCACCGAGUUCCAUUACCUUUAUCAUAGGCAGAGCUAUUGCCGGGAUGGGAGCUGGUGGAAUUUCAUCUGGUGCCAUGGUCAUUAUUGUCUAUGCCGUUCCGCUCCAUAAGCGUCCUAAGUACCAGGGCUUAUUUGGGGCUGUGUUUGGGGUCGCGUCAGUGUCAGGUCCGUUGAUUGGUGGCGUCUUUACUACCGACGUUACAUGGAGGUGGUGUUUCUACAUCAACCUUCCUCUUGGUGGGGUGGUCUUCGUUGUCGUUUUCUUUCUGUUGCAUGUCCCGGCACAAACAUCCACCAACACACCACUGAAAGAGAAGCUGCGGCAGCUGAAUCUCUUAGGAAUGAUUGCGCUUAUUCCCGGUGUUGUCUGUCUAUGCCUAGCCUUACAGUGGGCCGGUACCACAUAUAACUGGGGCAAUGGGAGAAUCAUCGCACUGCUUGUGCUUGCGUUCGUGCUUCUUAUCGCCUUCCUUGGUAUCCAAAUCUGGAAGCCAGAGCAGGCCAUACUACCACCUAAAAUACUCCUCCAGCGUAGUAUUGCGAGCGGCUUCUGGGUGAGCUGCUGCCAAGGCGCACAUACAAUGAUCAUCAUAUACUAUUUUCCCAUAUGGUUCCAAGCUAUUGAAGGCGUCUCGGCAGUCAGCAGUGGUAUACACCUCCUUCCAACGAUAAUACCAUUGGUUGUAGCAUCCAUCGUCACCGGCCAACUCAUCUCCCGCAUUGGAUACUACACGCCUUUCUUGAUUUUUGGUGUUUGUCUUACAUCAAUCGGAGCCGGUCUAAUCACCACCUUGAACGUGAACACCCCAGAAGCAAAAUGGAUUGGUUACCAGAUUCUAUACGGCUAUGGCCUUGGUUCAUCAACCCAAAUCAACAACAUUGCUGUGCAAACUGUGUUGCCCCGGAAGGAUGUCGCUAUCGGAGCGUCGCUUAUGUUCUUCGGUCAGCAGCUUUUCGGAGCUAUUUUUACUUCUGUUGGUGAAAAUGUCCUUUCAAAUCAGCUGGCUCGGCGUCUUUCACGAAUUCCGGAUGUGGAAAUCACUCCGCGGGUGAUUCAGAGUACAGGUGCGACGGACGUGUUAAGCCUUAUUCCUGAGAGAUAUCGAGAUGAUGGCUUACAAGCUUAUAAUGAUUCUCUGCGCGUGUGCUUUCAGGUAGGACUUAUCAUGGCUUGUCUUGCUAGCAUCGGUGCAGUUUGUAUGGAAUGGCGCAGUGUGAAGCAGAACAAGCCUGAUGUUGAGCGGAAGGGUGAGAAAGGAAGUGACGGGGAGGCUUCUACAAACAUGGAAGAUGGUAACGGGAUUGAGAAGAAGAAUGGGGACGGUAAAAUCUGA